UAUUGGUGUUUACACCCUGCAAAGGCCAAGAACCUUUGGAUAUUGGUGUUUACACCCUGCAAAGGCCAAGGGCCUUUGGAUAUUGGUGUUUACACCCUGCAAAGGCCAAGGGCCUUUGGAUAUUGGUGUUUACACCCUGCAAAGGCCAAGAACCUUUGGAUAUUGGUGUUUACACCCUGCAAAGGCCAAGGGCCUUUGGAUAUUGGGGUUUACACCCUGCAAAGGCCAAGGGCCUUUGGAUAUUGGUGUUUACACCCUGCAAAGGCCAAGGGCCUUUGGAUAUUGGUGUUUACACCCUGCAAAGGCCAAGGGCCUUUGGAUAUUGGGGUUUACACCCUGCAAAGGCCAAGGGCCUUUGGAUAUUGGUGUUUACACCCUGCAAAGGCCAAGGGCAUUUGGGAACUGAGGUUUAGACCCUGCAAAGGCCAAGGGCCUUUAGACUCUGGGGUUUAGACCCUGCAAAGGCCAAGGGCCUUUAGACUCUGGGGUUUAGACCCUGCAAAGGCCAAGGGCUUUGGUCACUGGGGUUUAGACCCUGCUAAGGCCAAGGGCCUUUGGUCAUUGCUGUUUACUCUCUGCUUGUGCCGAGGGACGGAUGGAGACCUGGCGGCAUGAACGGGAAUUGAACCAGCAGCACAUGAGAGAUCUGGAAAAGAAGAAUGAAAUGCAUGCACCUGAGAUGCGAAAUCAUAAGGAAAAUACUCAAGAAUUGGAAGUGGAAAGGGAAGGCGUGCAGGAAGAGUUGGAGCAUGGGGCUGCUUCUUUGAAGAAAUGGAGAGAGAACACUCAAGUACUGAGAGCUGCACUGAUCAAGAGUGAAAUUGCCAAAGGGUCUCUGCAGAAACACUUGUACAUCCUGAAGGGCAAGUCUGGUAUCCAGGCAGGCACUGGCAUUGACCUUCAGUCCAUUCCAGUGUCCCUGAAUCAUUCCAGUGCUGUUUCCCAUGAAGAGGUUUCCCAGGAGCAAGAUUCAUCGAGCUACUUUCUGGAGCAGCUGAGCCAGGAACCCUCUGGCCAAGGGCACGCACUGGCCCAGGUGUGCCGAGAGGAGGAGCUGCUGGGCCAGAAGGCUGACCUUGAGGGCCGACUGGCAGCCACUGAGUGGCUCCGACAAGACCUUUCCAGGCAGCUGGCAGAGACCAGGUCAGUAAAGGAGAGCCUGGAAUCCAGGCUGUUUGCUGCUCAGCAACAGAUAUCUCAGCUGCAGAUCUCCAGGAACCAUCUGGAGGUAGAGCUGCAAGCUGAGCUGCAGGAAGCUCGCAGUGAAGUCCAGGCAGCGCAGAGGAGGCACAAGGAGGAGCUACAAGGCCUCAAAGAGGAAAUGAAUCUGCUCCUUGAGCAGAGGGAGGCUCUACAAAAGCAGGUGGGAGAGUUGACAUCUCAGCUGGCAGCCUGCCGAGAGUCCCAGGAAAUUACUGUCCAGAGAGCCCAGCAAUAUGUGAGGGAGGCCCAGGAAGAGUCCAGGCAGAAGCUGCUGGAGGUUGAGCAUGUCCAGAAGAUGCUGAAGGAGGCAGAACAUCAGAAAAAGCAGCUGCAAGUACAUCUGGAGUACUUGGAGAGGGAAUGGAGUCAAUGGGAAGAAGUGGCACAGCAAAAUUCAGAAUUGCAGGCUACCGUGAAUGCCCUAGAGAAGGAAAAAGCCAGGCUGAUUGUGUCUCUGGAGGAGAAGAACCAGUGCCUCAGAAUGCUGGAAGAGAAGAACCUGGCACUGAACAAUCAGGUGUCUCAGUGUCAAUCUGCUCUUCAGCAGGCCGAACAGCUCUCUUCAAACCGUGCUGGACAACUGUGGGAGCUCAACACCCAGAUCUGGGCCCUGCAGGACACAGUGCUGCAGAUGGAGGCUUCCCAGGCAACUCGAGAGAAGCAGCUGCUGCAGGAACUGCAGGAGUCUCGAGCAGGAGAAUGUGCUUUGAGGGAUGCUGUGGACAUGCUGGCAGCUGAGGUGUCUGAGCUGCGUGUGAGGCUCCAGAGCUCUGACUGUCGACGUUGAGGCAGGACGGGAACAAAAGGACUCCAAUUCAGAAGACAAGAAGAGAACUAAACUCAACUGAUUUAUUUCAUACUCUUUUCUCUUCAUACUGUUCUCUUUUUAUAGAGAACAUCGUGCAGACCAAUUUCAUUGUCUUAAAGUAAAAACAUCUGACACCAUUGGUGCUCUGUGAAACUCUUUCCCAGGCCCAGCCUGGUAGAAACCUCUCAUUUUCUCUCUGACUGAACUGAGACUAUCAAUAGAUGACAAAGCUCUUGCCUUGGCCAUACAGUGUAAGGCCGUGUAUGGAUAUUCUCAGUUCAGUCAGAGAGAAAAAGAGAGAGAUUCUACCAGGCUAAGCCUGGGAGAGAACUGGAAAGGAAUGUAAAUAAUUCACUAUUUCUCUUGUUGUUCACAUUGUUUAUAGAUAUGUUCUGCUACCGUGUGUCAUUCUCUGCGCACCAAUAGUGUGAGAUGUUUUUACUUUAAGACCAAUAAAAUUAGUCUGCACGAUGCCCUCUAUAAAAGAGCAAUGUAUUUGAAAUAAAUGAGUAGGAAUUCUCUUCUCGC